UACUCAGUAAUAGGUUUAUUUGUUGUUUACAUGAACUUUUGCUUAAUGGAAUAGUUCUAGGGCAUUAAUGUUCAUUCAGAAGCAAACCAGUAGUGUUACGCGAGUAGUGACUCAACUUCAAACUUUGCACGCUUUGCCCUCUGGACUUUGACACUGCAGAUCACACCUUACUUGUGUUGAUCUCUCCCUGCGUAUCUCUAAAUUGUUGCACAUGACUGGCUGUCGGUGCGCUGCGUGUUCUUCGCUCCUCUCAGUCUAUACUUUUGCUCUACUAGGAUGGGGCCUCUGAAGGUUCUGCUCUGUGCUCCUCUCCUCAUGCUCUGCUGGGUGCAGGGUACACAUGGUGGCAAUGUGUUGGUGUUUCCAGGGGAGUUCAGUCACUGGCUCAACAUUCGCGUCAUGCUGGAAGCGCUUGUGGACCGUAAUCACUCUGUCACAGUGGUAGUGAAUUCAGCCUCACCUUCUGUCAGGUACACCGAGAAAGAACGAUUCAGCUUCAAAGUUUUCAAUGUCUCCUAUAGCAAAGGACAACUGAAUGCUAUGUCGGAUGACUUAAUUGAUUACUGGAUCAAUCAGGCUCCGAACGCCUCCACUUUUGAGGUGGGCCUCAAAAUCCGGGACCUAUUGGGUAAAGCCACAGAAAUGCAGCUGGGCAUAUGCGACUCUAUGCUGCGAAAUAAGGAGUUCCUUGAUUCGCUGAGGAAAUCCAAGUUUGAUGUGGUCCUUGCUGAUCCCAUGAUGCUCUGCAGUGAACUAGUGGCAGAUGCUCUUGGCCUGCCUUACGUUAUCUCUUUGAGGUUUUCGUUUGGCUAUGCGAUGGAGCGGCUUUGUGGUCAGAUGCCAGCACCUCCUUCUUAUGUUCCUGCCCCCCCUCUGCCGUACACUGCUCCAUUCACUUUUCCUGAGAGUGUCAAGAAUUUUCUCAUGCAACAUUUCCAAUCUUUUCUUUUCAAGCUACACAACUUUAUUUCUUUGGAUGGUUACUAUAGUGAAAUACACGGAAAACCUACAUCAAUGUGUGAGAUGAUUGGGAAGGCAGACAUUUGGUUGAUUCGAACCUACUGGGACUUUGAGCAUCCUCGACCGUUCCUCCCAAACUUUAAGUUUGUUGGAGGUCUUCACUGCAAACCUGCCAAGCAACUUCCUACUGAAAUGGAGGAGUUUGUGCAGAGUUCUGGGGAUAAUGGCAUUGUGGUGUUUUCUCUGGGUUCCAUGAUCAAGAACCUUACCAAAGAAAAAGGAAACACAAUUGCUGCUGCUUUAGGACAAAUACCACAGAAGGUGGUAUGGAGAUACAGUGGAGAGAAACCAGACACUAUUGCUCCAAACACAAGAGUUUAUGACUGGAUCCCACAAAAUGACUUACUGGGCCAUACAAAGACCAAAGCCUUCAUCACCCAUGGUGGGACCAAUGGCCUUUAUGAAGCUAUUUACCACGGCAUCCCAAUGGUGGGGAUCCCCUUUUUGGGUGACCAACCUUACAACAUAAUGCACAUGAAAACCAAGGGAGCUGCGGUUAUGAUAGACUUCAACACAAUGCAACCCAAAGACUUGGUGGAAGGUCUCACAACAGUCAUUAAUGACCCGUCGUACAAAGAAAACAUGAUGAAGCUUUCAAGAAUCCAUCAUGACCAACCAAUGAGACCUUUGGACACAGCUGUGUUCUGGAUCGAGUUUGUGAUGCGCAACAAGGGGGCCAAGCACCUAAGGGUUCAAGCACACAACCUGACCUGGUACCAGUACUACUGUUUAGAUGUAGCAGCUUUCUUGCUUUCUGUAGUGGGACUCAUUCUUGUACUACUGAUAAAAACUUGUUGUUUCUGCAUUCGCAAGUGCUGUGGGAAAGGCAAACCAAGGGAAAAGACAGAGUAAUAUUGUACAAAGAUUGGUCUAUGAUCAUUUGUGUUGUGAAAAUGUGUCAUACAUUGUUGCAUGUGUUGAACUGAACUUGAUCUCACUAAGACACGCAAUAAAUAAAGACAUGUCAUUAAGUUAUUUACUCUGUCCUCUUCAAUUUAUCAGCCCCUUGCAAAAGAUUAAGCUCAGAAGUGAAACAAGACAUGCUAUUAGUUUGUAUCCAUGUCUGGGAGUUGAAUACCUAAAAUCCAUAGUUUUUCUUUAGGCAGCAGGAUGUAGUAAACAACUUACAUGUAUUAACAUUCCAUUGCAAAAUCUGAUAUAAAGCGUGAGUAGAACAUUUACAAAUGUUCAAAGGAUAUCAAAAACAUGAGUAGUCAAACGUGACGAUUCUUACUACAACCAGAGAAUGUU